AUGUCUUCCAAAAGAACCAAAAUUGGAGACGAUGGCGAAAAUGAAGACGAAAACCCUUAUGCCUCGCUCUUACCAGACAUGGCAAGCAGCCUGCUCUGCUUAAGAAACACCACCGCCGAAAGCAUCUUUUCGUCACGGCCCAUCAAAUUCGUUGUUGGCACCAAGAGAGCAGAAUUCUGGAUUCACUCCUCCCUCGUCACUGGCCAGUCUCCCGUCUUGGAUCGCCUCAUGAACUGGAAGACAAACGACACAGUGUUCUUAGACACCGCUGACGAGACUGCCUUUCUGUGCUUCAGCCUCUACGCCCAUACGGGGUUCUACGAUCCACGAAAGAUACUGAAUGCUGCCCCUCCUCAGGGAAGUGUUGACGAAUGGCGCCUUCGACUGGCCUGCCACGCCAAGACUUACAAUUUUGCAGAUUAA